CUCUCCGGAGGCAGGACAAACUAUUACUUCUUGAGACUCCUCCUCCUCGGUAUCUCCACCUCCUCACCAGUUUUUUAGUUUGUCCUGCCACGGAGGCAGCAAAUUCUCCUUCUCCUACAAUUUCAGCAUUAUCAAGUUGCGAGCUCUCUGGCCUUAUAUAAGAAUCAGAUUGAGCCCAACACUACAUCUCCUGUCAGCACCGGCAGGGAUAGAAUACAACGACUCAGGAUGGUUGAGCCCGUUAUAUGUGCGCUCCCCCUGUGACAGGCAUCAGACCAAGUUGAACCAGGUGGUUUUGGUUGAGCCCUAAGUGUGUGCUCCCCCCUGUGACAGGUAUCGUGCCAGGUUGAAUCUAUGGGUUGGCCGAACCUGAAAUAUGCGCUCCCCCUAGCACGCAUUGGUUGAGCCCUCUAGUGCGCUCCCAUACCUUUUUAGCCGAUGUUCGGCAUCAAAGGUUAACCGCUCCCUUUAUCACGAUUUAAGGUUGAGCCGAAUAGUAUACAACUGCGAGAGCAGGCAGAGGGGCAUCACAGGCGAGUUACUCGGCUCGCACUUCAUAAGGCAGGUGCGUUCCACAAGGACGCGCUGCGUUCCAGCGCAGCCUGGAUUGUUCGCGCCCUUAAUCUAAACGGCAUGGGUACGUUGGCGCGUCCGCACCACUUCCGGCGGCCAUUUUAGGCAGCAUCAGCGCACAUCAGACGCGCAAUUCUUACUCUCCCACAUAACGGUCGGCUCAGUUACUAUAUAACUCACGCAUGCACUCCGGCUCCCCAGUAAAUAAACUGGCACUAUGGCUUCAGCGGACGAAGACCUGGUCUCCUUAAUAGAGGAGAUUGAUCUACCGGAUAGGCAUCGCAAGCUAAAAACAAAGAUAAAGAAAGCCACCAAGGCUUCAACAAAACGUAAGGAUCGUUCUCGAUCAGUUUCCCCUGUGCAAUCUACGUUACAACCAUCAGGUUCAGCACCUGGUAAUAGUGGCACACUUACACCCACAAUACUGGUCCCUCAGGACUCCCAAUCACAGGUUCAUAUACCCUUACCGAUAUCUCCUAUGCAGCCUUCAGGUUCUACAUCAACGCCAGCACAACUUCAGGCACCCCCUGAUUUUUCGCAGUUCCUAUCAUGGUUUCAGUCUACCAUUCAGACCACACUAGACAAGGCGGUAAUAAAGCAGUCAGAUCGUACCCCUGUAAUGGGAGGAAAGAGGAAGCGUAAAAGGUCCCCUUCUCCUCCUUCUGAGGAUGACAUGGCAGACGCAUCUCCUACUUCCCCUAAGGAAUCUGACUCAUACUCCUCUACAGAGGAAGGGGCCAUAUCUGACUCACAGUCAUCAUCCUCAUCUGAGGAUAUUUCCAAGCAACCAGAAGAAGUUAAAGACCUGCUCAGAUACAUUUUCACUACUUUAGAGAUUAAAGAGGAACAAGUUUCCCUUUCUAAAGCAGAUAAGGUACUAGGGAAUUCCUCCAAGCGUCCAAGGUCAUUCCCAGUUUGUAGAUCCACUUCUAGGCUCAUUGAGACCGAAUGGGCACAGCCUGAUAAGAAAGUUAACAUACCACCAAAAUUUUUCAACAAUUAUCCUGUGCAGGAGGAAUUUAAGAUAUGGGAUAAAAUUCCCAAAGUUGACCCACCCAUUGUGAGGCUAUCUCGCCACACCAUGCUACCGGCGGAAGACGCAGGGUCACUAAGAGACCCCAUGGACAAAAAAAUGGACUAUGUCCUCAAAAAAGAUUUUCAAAGCGCAGCAGCCAUAUUAAGGCCAGCAGCAGCAGCGUCUACAGUAGCCAAGACAGCAAAGUAUUGGUGCCAAGAACUCAGCCAUUCACCACCUACCGACCCUGAAAAAUUUUUACAAGACAUCGACAAAAUUAAGUCAGCACUAACUUUCUUGGGAGAGGCCACUCUCGAUAUAACGAAACUCGCUGCUAGAGCAUCAGCAGCCUCAGUAGCAGCUCGGAGAGCCCUAUGGCUACGCCACUGGGCAGGCGACACAACUUCCAAGAAUAGACUCACAUCCUUAAAAUUUUCUGGGUCACAACUAUUCGGACCAGAGCUUAAACAAAUUAUUUCAGAGGUCACAGGAGGUAAGGGGGCUUUCCUCCCACAGGCCAAGCGACCACGUCGUGACUUCCAUAGAAGGAAUUAUCAUCAUCAAAAAUCAUGGUCGACCAACGGCAACAAGCAGUCAAGACCACCAAGACAACAAGGUCAAGGGCAGUCCAACAGGCGCUAUAGGUCGCCAUGGCAGCCCUCAUGGCAAAACCAACAAAAGUUUUCAAAGAAGCCCAUUUCAGCCAAGGGUCAGGAUUCCUGA